GCUCACACAGCUCACUGCUCGGCUCAAUGUGAUAAGUGUCGCGCAGCGCCGGAAAAUAUUAGCUUCGUCGGACCUGUUUCCAUUGAGUGCGAUUCAGUGCUUGAGACCGGUUCAAAUCGAUUGAAGCAAAAUUGCGGCGCUACGUUGGCGUGCGGAUGCAAAGUACACGGAAUCGUCAACUUAACGAACGAACGAACGGUACGACCGUGUGUCUGAAAAUUUAACUUAAAUUAAAUACAUACAUAUACUCGUACGAACGCUAAAUUGCAAAUGCAAAGAAAUUGUUUAAAGUAAAAAAACAGCGCUUGCGAAUCGAAAAUGCAAACAAAGUGUUAUGCAGUGUAAGGCCAAACCAGUGCAAGUGCGUGUGCCAAAGUGAAAAAAAUAAAUAAAUAAAUAAAUAUUGGAAAAUAUAGAAUUUUACAAAUUUGCAUAAAACCGUUGAUGUGCAUAAGUAGCAAAAGUACAAAAUUUUUAAAAAUUAAAUCAUUAAAGAAAAAGUGUAAAAAAUCGAAAUUUAAAUAAAUUGAUUGUAAAAAGACAAGUUUGUGUGGGAAACUCUAUUGUAUUUUAACGCAGACUGUAAUUAAAGCAGCAUAAUUUAAUUGCUGCUCAUUGGAAAUCAUUUUAGUCCUAAGCAAAUGCUUUGCCCAACCACAAGCAACCAAAUCGUACGUGCAACAUAUGCUUUACUACACACAUAAACCCAUUUCUAUUUAUAUGUAUGUAUGUAUGUAUGCGCAACAACUAACACUCACGUAUUAGCGAAUUUGCAUAGCAAAUAAAAUUAUUUUGUCGCUGCAACAUUUCGCGCCGCUGCCGCACCGUAAACAAGCAAACAACAUUCGCGUAUGUUGCAUGUAAACAUUUGUGCGCCCAUUUGUGAUUUGUGUGAGUGUGUGUUGCCAAAGUAACUGAAAGUGUCAUCUUCAGCAUUUUUUGCGUGCGCCUACUUGCCGCGUGUGUUUGUGUGCGUGUAUGUGUGUUAGAGCACUACAAUUUGUGUAGAAAAGAAAUUUAUUUGCUUUUACCUGCCUCUUAAACGUGCAACAUACAUACAUACAUACUUGCUAUUUGCCUAACAAAUCACAAUUGAAUUGGAUUAUUUACGUGCCACCUCUUACUAAUUGGAUUUGAAGCAUUUUAAAUGCUAUUGCUGCGUAAAGUGAAGUGAUUGCUGAUAUUGUUGCUGUGUUACCAAGUGUUGCAGUAAACCACUACAAAAACAAGAACAAAAAACAAGAAAAAAAAUUGGAUUCAUUUGUUGGCGCACAGUGUGUGCUCGGCUUUAGUUACUGCAAUUGACUUCAAUCACAUGUGACAACAGCAGACGAUAAGCGCUAAAAAAGGAUAAUAAUCAAAGCGAAUGAAUGCAGAGAGUUGGAAAAUAGGCAAAACAAAAUAACCGAAUCGCAAAAACGAAACGAAAUGUGUCGGCAGAUCAGAUUGUGUUGAAAACUCCUGCACACAAAGUGAUAAUCGUAUAAAAUAUUGCAUAGAGAAAACUACAAAGUAUACACUCGUGCCACUAAAAAUUGCACAGUAGUGGCAGAAAACGUAAAACAAACGGCACAUACAGCACUGUUGUGUCGAAUGGGAGAAAACGGUUUCAAUCUCACUAAAGUACACAUUUUAAGUUGGGCAUAAGCGCAGGCACAUCCUGUGAAUUGAAUGCCAACUAAUCCUCUGCCAAGCAAUAAAGAAACUGGAAAGCAAAACAAAAGUUACUACGCUUACACACACACACAUAUAUAAGAAAGCUUAAAAAAAAGUUUAGAGUUUAUAGUAGCAAAAGCCAACAACAAACAAACAAACAAAUAAACAAAAAAUAAAAAUAAGAAAGGACUAAAAACGUGCAAAGAAAAAGUAAAUAAAAUGCCUGCCAUAACAAGUGAAGCGACAAGACCCGCGCCCACCCGCUGCCUACGGCCAAUCAGAGCGACAGUGCUUGCCGCAGCGACAGCAGCCGCCUCACUGCUCACAUCCGCAGCCACAGUGGCAGCGGCAGCAGCAGCAGCUGCGACAACAUCGCCCACAAUGACAACAACUACAGCAACAGCCGGCAUCGCCAGCUACAACCACAAUAGCAUAUCAAUUCAACAGUCGGAUACUUUGGAGCGACGACUGCAACCAGAUGUCGAUACGGACACCGGAGGCGGAAGUAGAGUAGGCGUAAAUGUUGAUCUAACUGCCGCCGCCGCCUCCCACUCUGCUGCCGUGCUGCCCAACCGCCUCGCCACUAAGUUGCUAACCAAUUUUCUGCCUGCCAUCGAUGCCGUCACAAAUGCCAACACCAACACCAGCGCUACCAUACUCACGAGCAGCAGCAGCACCAUCAGUAGCAGCAGUAGUGGUAUUAGCAAUCGUGGCGUUGCUGUCACAUAUCCAACCUUCCGGCCGCCGAGUAUAGAGAAUCUUGUCGCAAGUUCAGCUGAGGAUUUGAGCAAUUUUCGUGAUGUGUCCUUCGAUAUAUUCGACGACGAUGACGAUUUGUUUGGCUCGCCAUUGGCAUUUGAUGCUUCCGAUAAUGGCUUGUGGAAUGGCCGUUUCGUGCCGCCACCACCCCGUCCGCCAUUCCUAGUCGAUGAGCCGGUGCUGAGUGAUGGACUGACAACGUGUGAUUUGUGCUCAUGGGCUAUGCCAACGAAGAGUACAUUCAUGUUCGAGGGCACAAUAGAAAAAGCUUCCGAAUUGGGUUGGCCCUUGACACUGAUUAUCGUUUCGGUGCUGUCAGCAUUGCUGGGAGCGAUUGUCAUGGUGACGGUUGUGCGCUGCAGAAGGAAAAAACCCACGAACAACCGUAACGAGACGCAUGUGCAAUGGUGGUCACGCAACAAGCGCACCAACGGCAGCAACAAUAACAAUCAUUUGCGCCGCAGCAAUAUUUAUACAGCGCAUCCUGCGGAUAGUGUGCGCGGCUUACAGCAGCCAUCGCUAUCGGCUGCCUCGUCGCUGACCACAAUGACCGCAAUGGGCGCAUCAGCGGGACCCCUGCAUUCGAACGCGGUCACACCGAAUGCCACACAGCCGCCACAGCUGCCACACCAACAACAGCAGCAGCAGCAACAAUACUAUCACCAUCCAUAUCAACAGCAUCAAGCGUCGCUACACCGCAGCAUCAGCGGUCAUCAGCGUGCGCCCGAUUAUGAAUACGAGCAUGAAUACCAUCAACCGCAGGAACUGCAAUUGCAGCUGCAACACCAACGCCAACACAGCUCGUCGCUGUCAUCGCUGUCCGACACGCCAACACUACCGGUGGCGGUGGCGAACAACAAUAAGUCGCGCACGUUGCAACUGCAACAUCAGCCGUUGCAGCACCACCAUCAGCAACAACAACAGCAACAACCACAGCAGCAAGCAGCCUACAAUGUGUCCGAUGGUGUGACAGUUGGCUUCGGCGCGGGUGUAGUUGGUGUCGGUGUAGGCAUGAGCCGGCGCGGCGCUGGUGGCGAAAUGUGUGACGAGUCGUCAUGUCGUUGGCCGAAUGCAACAAUUGUGGUAGCCAGCUGAGUGCAAGCGUACAAAUGUCGUAUGCCCGCGACAUUGAGCGGCGCAAUGACGUUGUUACCGGUCCACCCAUAUCGCGACCAUUAUCAGCGGCAACAACAGAAGCAGCAGCAGCAGCUGCAGCGGCAACAGCGCGAAGUGGAGGCCACCGAAUUUGUUUGGACGAAAUCAUGCAGCUCGGAGCAAUUAAAGAAUGAUUGGAUAUGGCAUUGAGCGCGCCAGCGGUGGGGAUGUGUUGGUGAAGUGAGCGGUGAAAUUUCGGUGCGCAACGCUGAGACAAAGCUUGUGCAAAAUAAUGCAAGCUGGUUUAUGAAGCGCUCACGUUUGUAAAUAUUAAACAACAUUCUGAGGACCUUUGUGUUGUAAGAAAGCAGAUAUUUUGAUAAAAUAUAGGUCUUGUGAGAGUCUAGGUUUGACUUGAAAAUUUUAUCAGUGAAAGAUUGCAAAUGCGCUCCGAAAGUGUUAUGGUCCAAUCUAGUGAAAUGCAUACUUAUUGAAAAUUUCAUUCUUGCAACUAGCCUCGGCUCAUGUUUUCCUGUUUGAAUCUGUGGUACCUUAUUGACUCUCUUGUCUCGCGCUUUCGUUUUGGGAAUCUGUUGUUUUAGUCAAAGAACAUUUUUUAAUUUAUAGCGCGUUUCAGACUCGCAUAUCGUAUGGUAAAAUAAUUGGUGCAAUAUUGCCAUAUUAUUACAAAACCAAAUAUGUAGAUUGAGACUUUAGUAAUAUCUCCAAAAACUGCCCUUGAGUCCUUCAGUUAUGUUCUCGCGUGGUGCCCUAUUACAUAUACAAUAAACAAAGAUCUAAAAGCUUAUCAUAGAAACUCUUUGAAAACGAAUGUAAGUUGUCAAAAAUGUAACCGUCAUCUCAAGCAGUUUCGCAACGACACAUGCAACAGCGGCAGCUGUCUCCUAAGCCACUCGAAAAUCCAAGCACACAUGUUUUCAUAUAUUAACGAAGUAAUUAACAGUUAUUUAACUACAAGUCUAUUUCACACACAUUAAGCCUGACGCCAACUCAAGUGGUAGAGCAAUUGUAGUGAUUCAAAUAAGAUAUUCUAUUUAUUGAUUGGGCGCACCAAUUGUUAUAGAUCUCUAGUCUGUAAACGCUUAUUUAUGAAUUCCGGGAGAAAAGACGACAGCAGGUUUUUAAUGUCAAGUAUUUACAACUUUAUGUUCACGCUCGUUAGUUGAUAUUUUUCUUUUCGUUUUCAAAACCUUUUCUAGCGCAAAAUUUUCCUGGAACCUCUUCCCUACAAAUCGACGCAUAUAAAUAUUUAUUGGCUUAGUAGCCACCAUACGCUGAGUGCUGUGUACUUACCGGGAAUUGAAACGGAUACUUUCACCAUUGCGACGUGCUUAUACGGCCAAGGCAUAGAAAGUUGUACGAGUUUUUUUUCUGCUGCAUUCUUGUUGUUGUCUUGAUCUUUUUGUAUUCCUGCCGUGCACAACAAUCCACUUUAAAUUGCACCCAUAAGAACCGUCAAAUCUCUAACAAUCCCGUCUGUUUUUCGUUUUUUUCCGUUUUUCAUUUUUUGCCUUUGCUCACCAUCGCCACCAUAUCAUACAAAUUAUCAGCAAUCAAAAAUUCUAAGCACACGUUCACAGUCGCAAUUUAACGAUGGUAUCAUGGCAAGACAUAAUCCUUAAAAAUACUCCACUGGAGACAAACAUACUUCAGCAACAACAGACCAAUAUGUGUGUGUGUGUGUGUGUAUCGGCGUGCGCAUGUGUUGUGUAGAUGCCAAUAGUCCUGCUGACUGGAAAGUAGUAACCAUUGGCCGACUGGCGACACACGCUGAUUUUCUAGCGCGCACAUACACACGCACGUGCAGGCCUUCCGUUGUGAGUGCAGCAUUCAAGAGGCAGUGAAAAAAACAUAAAACAACUAAAAAAGUAACAAACGCAGCCAAGUGUUGGAAAAAUAAAGAAUGAGUGCUUGGCUGAAAAAAAAAAAAAAAAUUGAGAAAAAUAAAUGUUGCAGCAGCAUUUCGCUGGCGGCAGAAAUGUUUCUAUGUGUGUGCGUGUCUGCCAGCAAUGACAUCAGCAUGUCAGUCACGUUUCGUCCUUUGUGAGCAGCGUCUUUCACACACAUACACACACGUACACACGAGCUCACGUUUAUGCACUUGUUAAGUCGCAUAAGAACCCCGCUGUGAAAUUAAACGAUUCCUUACUGCCGGGUUUCUGCUGAACGAAAAAGGAAUUCUAUAUACAAAAAAAUAAUCUGCUCCUCGUGGCGCUUGGCAUUACCAAGCAUUUCCAAAGGCUAUGUGUUGCUUUUUAUGUCAAUUGCACUCAUUUCCGUUAAUUCUCAACCAGUUCUUUGGAAAGAAGACUAGCUCACUGCAUUUCCUUCUUCAUUAGCCGGUUCAUUCUGCUGUCAUAUUUCAUAUCCUCGCCGAAAUAAGAUAAGAUAACUCAAUUGGCUUGUGCAGUUGAAAUGUAUUUCUUUGGCGCAAAACACCGUGACGAACGCAGUUUCGUGCUUGGGUUAUUACAAAAACAAAACAAUGAAGGGUUUCAAAAUGCGGUUGCUAUGUAAUCUCUUAUUAGAUCUGCUAGAGUUUAAAUUAUUGGGAAGUAUUUUUGCUCACAUGCGAGCGAAGAUUCCGUACUGAGAGUUUCUAUAAGAGGUGGAAGGCUCAGAGCGUGACUUAUGUACAAUAAGGCUUAGCUCACACAUUUUAACUGUGCGUUUUCCCACCGUAGUUUAAAUGUAUUUGAAAUACCAAAAAUUACGUUCUGGAGUUUAAAAAUCAGUAUUCUGAAAGACACACGAAUGUCAUAUUUUCAAAAAAGAGUUCUUGCAACUUUGGAAGAUUUACAAAAAUCGCUUAUCGAGCCAAACCUCUCGGAGCGCUAUAUUAAGCAAUAUCUCUUCUCUGUAAAAGCCAAAUUACACACACAAGCAAUUUUAUAUCAACUAUUAAAUUGUACAUAUUUGAGCACAAAUUUUGCUGAGUGAGUAAAAAUCUUAAUCAACUGAUAAAAAAGUGAUAAUUUAUGGCAGUAAAAAUAACAGCAACUCAUGCAGUUAAACAGGACUAUAAAAUUAUUGCAUGAGUGCGUGAAAAAAUCAUAUCAGAGCAACAAAAAAAAAAUCAUAUUUUUAUGACAAAAAAAUAGACAAAUGCAUAUUUGUACGAAUAUAGGGAUCAUAAAAAAUAGUGGAAGCAGUCACAGCGAAUUCCGCGGCAAGUGCUUGUAAAUAAAGCGCAAAAAAAUACAUUUAAGCCAAAAAUAAAUAUAGGCAAAAGAAACAUGUUGCCACAAAUUGAUAACGAAAAAAUUAAUUAAAACUAGAAAAAAAUUAGUCCAACACAAUCAAAGGUUGUUUUGUAAAAAAAAAAUUCAAAAUAAUUUUGAAAAACUAAAUUUUUUAUGCUAAAUUUACUAGAGUGUCAAAAAUUAGUGGCAGAAAAAUAAAUAAAUCAAUGAUAGUAACCCAAAAUGUUAUUAUGGGCAAACCAAAUUGUCAAAACCGCCAACAGCGUUGCAAAAAAAAUUAAAAAAAAAAUUAUUAAAAAUUUGUUUCCAAAUAGCUAACAGCGUUGUAAAAAAAAACAUUAAAAAAUUUAUUAAAAAUUUAUUAGGAAAAAACAAUGUUUUUUACGUCCAUUAAGUUGGUUGCGAGUAAAUAAAUACGUCAAAUGUAAACUACAUUCAUAAAUAACACAGAAAAUUUUUUUUUUUAAUUGUAAAUUUGUUUGAAAAAAUUAUGUAAAUUUGUUUGAAAGAAAAUUGUAAAUUUGUUUGAAAAAAAUUUUAUCAGCACUAAAUUUUCUUGUGCGCAAAAAUAUCUGAAAACACAGCAGCACUAUAGCGUGCGAUUUUUUUUCCAAUACUCUUAAUAAUUUGUAUAUGUAAAACACAGCACGCAAUUUUUAAACUAUUUCAAAGCGUGUACAACUUUUAUUUUGACUUUUUGCCUAGAAUUUAGCGCCACUACGCCUGUGUGCAGCGCUCCUAUUAAUACUUGUGUACUAUAUAAGUAGGUACUUAAAUGUUGUGUAGAAACCAUUUUUUCAUGCUACAAACUGUUUGUAAAUAUUUUUUUUAUUUUCCUCAACUAGCUGUAAGUGACGUGUAUUUUUGUUGUAAAUAACUGAUAACUGUAUAAAAAAAAAGUAGUUAUAAGUAAAUAACGGUAAAGAAACUUCCAAAAUAAUAUCAUGAAAAAUGCAAAGUGCAUUGCAAGUACAUUAUAUAUAUAUAUAUAUAUAGUAUAUAUAAAAUUUACAUCUAUAAGUAAUUAAGCGUAGAGCUUUAAUGCUGUUAAGGGCUUAGUACACUGCUGAGCCAAACAGCAGCAAGCGAAAUGUCCAAAAUCAUCACUUCAACUAAUGUAGCAUGUAUCUAAAUAAAUUUACGUUUAGUGUGUUUGUAAUAGCGGCUAAGUAAAACUAUUGUAACUAAUUACUAAGUAUUUCAUCAGAGUGAUAUUUAUUAUGGUAAGCUUGGUCAUGACUGCCUUCCACAAAAACAAAGGUCAUGACAAAAGUGUAUUUCAUUAGUAGGAACUAUUUAAACUAUAACCAAAACACAAACAUUCCUUUUCAAGAGUUCAACAAGCAUACAACCACUACUAUUACUACAUACAUAACGAAAUUAAGCUAAUUCUAUUUGUUUAACUAAGCAAUUACACACACACACACAUGCACAUACGCGAGCUUAAGCGCAGUCAACUCACACGUGUGUGUGUGUGUAUGUGUGUGUCUCAAGUACAACACCGCAAAGCAUUAAGUAAAUGUAGUAAUUUCGCUUGUAAUUAGUUGAAAAUUGUACAACUACAACAACAGCAACAAUUAACAAUAAAUAGUAAUACAUACACACACACACACACACACUGACAGACAGACACAGACUCAUACACGAAACUACAAUUGCAACUGAUGCUACCAAAGACUAGUCCUAAUAAAUGUAAGAAUCUAGGCGCCGAUUAAUUGUCGAAUGAAUAAUACAACAAUAGGAGCACACAUAUACAUACAAGCAUACAUAUGUAUGUGUUUAUACAUAAAACAUAUACUGGCAUGUAAAAGCAUGUAAUGUAGUUAAAUCGUACACUUCGGCAAACAAACCGAGGAAAGCAAACAAACACUUGUGUAUAUACAUACAAACAUACAAAAUACAUGCAUACAUACAUACAUACAUACAUAUGUAGAUACCAACAGAGCAUACAAAUUAUGUGCAUCCGUAAGCGAGUGCAGUGUACUUACAUAAGUAAUAAGUUUACCAAUAAAUACCUAUACAUAUAUACAUAUACAUACAUACCUACAUAAGCAAGCAAAAGCAAGCAACAACAAACUAAAUUAAUGUGUAACUGUAAAUGUAUAUUUGUAGUCCUUAAAUGAAUUUAACUAAUUGCAAUAAUAAAUAUUUUAAAUAUUAUAUAAAUAACGGCAUUACAUCAAUAACUACUACCAAUGCGUUUCAACCUUCAAACACACACACACAUACACACUGACACGCAAACGCACACAAACAUAGCAAAUUUUUAAACACUCCUAGAAGCCUCUUUCGUUUCAUUGCAGCGUCGUAGAGCUAAAGCAAUUCGUAAUUAUACACUUCGGCACGCUUACACACACACAUACACUUACAAGUAUACUUAUGUACAAUAAAUGCAAAUUCAAUCAUUACAAUUUAACGGUAAAAUUUGUAAAGAAUACGAAAACUAAAAAAUCUUUUGAAAAUUGCAAGCAUUAACGGUACUUAGUAUUGCAGCGCAUGCAAAGCGUAUAGCGUGAUGAAAGUGUAAAAAAGCGUUAAAAAAACAAAAACAAAAAUGAAAACACUAAAAAAAAUAGAAAUUACAAAAAUGGAAAAAAUAAGCAAUCUAAUGUUUCAACUAAUGUAAACUAUCAGCAACUGAAAAUGUUUCCUUUUUGUGUGAGUUACCACUACAUAAAUACAUAAUAUUCCGUAUAUAGUACAUAAAUACCUACUAAAAAUGCAUACAGUACAUAGUUAUAUGGAUGAAAUCAAAUCUAAUUCGAUAUUUAAAGCAAAUAAAUACUUGAAAAGAAAAUAUGAAAUUAUUAAAAUUCAACUAAGUAAAAUAAAGCUAAAAAGAG